AUGUCUGAUUUAGAAGCUCUUCACGUCUUUGUCAAAAGACCUGUCUCCGAGGAGAUGAUCCAAUUUUUGGUUGACACUACAAACUCUGUUAUCACCCUUAGUUCAUGCCCAGAUCACUACCCCACAGAUGGAUACCACGGCUAUCUCACACCACCUUCUACACCUCCAUUGUCUUCCGUCAAAAGUUCCAAGAUUCCUUCUUUAUUCAAGUUCAUCGAGCAUCUAAUCAAGUAUUCCCACGUUCCUACUUCCACACUCAUGUCUUCUUUGGUGUAUCUCACGAGACUCAGACAGGUGCUACCUCCUAAUUCAGUUGGCAUGGAGUCCACUAGGCACAGAAUCUUUCUUGGUGCUUUGAUUCUCGCUGCAAAGAGCCUAAACGACUCCUCUCCACUCAAUAAACACUGGUGCAAGUACACCGAUGGUCUCUUAACCCUGAACGAUGUUAAUGCCUUGGAGCUCGAUAUGAUCGAAUAUCUGGGCUGGGACAACCUCACCAUUUCCAACGAUGAUCUCGUCAAGAAUCUUAGCCAUUUCUUGGAACCAAUCAAAUGGAAACUUAGACACGAAAGAGAGCUCAAGUUAUCUGAGGCCAGAGCUGCAGGCUUUGCUGCUGCUGAUGUUGUGGUUUCUGCACCGCUUGCAUCUCCUACAGAGCCUCUUUUCGCUCACAGCAACUCUUCGCAUUUCUCUAUACCCCAUCCUACUUAUUGCUCUGGCGAUUAUAUACCUUCACCAACUUCUUCUGUUGGUACUAGUUCCUCUGUGGCUCCGAUGUCUGUCGAUUCUUCUAUGCUUUCAGUUCCUUCCUUGGCCUCAUCGUCAUCUACAACUUCUGACUCCACCAUUUCUAGUAUACUGACCGAUUCACUCUACUCAAAAUCUCCAAAAUUGGCCAAUAUCGCUGGCAUAUCUUUGAAGCCCCUAAGACUCAAGGGUUACGUUGAUUCUCUUUCAAAUAAAGAGAACAACUAUAAACUGUCAGCGGACUACUCACAUCAACCUCGUAUGGCAAUCGAGAGCCUUUAA